GGCCAUCGGCAAAACACUCAACUCGGCUACCGUACAUACACCCUGAAUGAACUUGGCAGUAAGAAUGGAUGGCGAGGAAACUAACAACCUUCGGAUCAGAUAGCUUACGAGCUAUGAGUAGGACUCAGGGAAGUUGUAGAAGGUUCUCCAUCGUGCGACUUGGUGGUGAACAAGGCGGACAAUCGAAGCAGUUCCUUCGACGAGCGGAGACCGAUCCGUAUGGGAAGACCAAGAGUCGCGCCCGGGGGGAACCAACCUAUGUGGCACGAUCAGCACACAAGCUCAUCCAGCUCGACCAGCAGUUCCGGAUCUUCCCUACUCCCGCUCGGUCAUCGCCCAGAACCGGCUUCAGAGUCCUCGAUCUCGGAGCCGCACCCGGCGGUUGGUCGGAAGUCGUACUCGAAAGGUUGGCCCACCUUCACUCCCACCCGGCGAUCUCCUCAAGCCCGUCUCCGUCUGCUCCUUCUGAAACGCCUCCUUCAAAUCACAAUCUACGGGCCCGAUCAUCCGUCAAUCAUCAGCACAGAUUGGUUGCAUGCGAUCUGCUCCCUUUGCACCCAUCAAUCGCCCCAAAAGUCUCCAAGAACGUCGACUUUCAUGCGAUCCAAGGUGACUUCAUGGAUACACAAGUGCGAGCGAAGAUAGUCGAGUUAUUAUUUGAUUCGACUGCUAUUGCUCAUGAUCAUGAUAAUCAAGGCCUUGUACCAGAAGAAAGUCGACAGGAGAAGGAGACAAACGACCGACGCCGAACAACGACGAUUAUUCUUUCGGAUAUGCUGCAUUCGAUGACGGGGAUCCCGACUCGGGACUCGCAGAACUCGCUAGAUCUAUCGGUGACCGUGGCUGACCUUGCCAGAGACUUGAUCCCUCCCAACCCCGGCGGAUCGCGUGCGAGCGAUACACUCAUCCUCAAACAUCUCCAAUCUGAGUUCACCCAUCAGUUUCGCGACCGGCUGUUGGCCGAAUGGUCCCUUGUGAAGUGGGUCAAACCGUUGGCUAGUCGCUCCGAAUCUCGCGAAGGUUAUUUUGUCACUCGCGGUCGCCGGAAACAAUGGAUAGUAGAAUAGACUCUCUCAAACCUUUGAACAACCCUGUUGGCCUUUUUUUCAUCCCCAAUCAAUAUCAGACUUCUUGUGUAUCAGUCUACCGUAUUAAUGAUAGUCCUCUUCCGGCUCUGGACUGUUUCUAUUUCUAUGCUGAGCAUGUUGGUUGAAUCUGCUUAAAUUCAUGUGUUUGUUGAUCUUAAUAAACAAAGCAGCUUCCGCCUUUGUGCGAGGCCUUUCUCGCCAAUGCUGUCCAGUGAGACUAUGCGAAGGAAAUAUAGUAGACUGAUGAAUACCAUUACUUUGGAUUUCUGGUUGUGUAACUGGGGAAGAAGGCAAUGAUAUUUGAA